GCGAACCUGACUUUAUAUUUGAUCCAUGUUUUGAGUCCACGUAUGUGUGUCUGCGUAUGUAGCGUUCUUUCCUACACUAGUUUACUAAAAUUAAGAUUUCUUUCGUCCUUCGAAAGAAUGGCAGCUGCAGCUCCCAGCCCGGAUGAUUCUGUCCGGAAUGGUAGCAGCACCAGUACACCCAGCGCCAUUGCUGGAGACGGGGAAACGGAAGAGGCCGAGGAUUUCACCUCCGCCUCCCACUGCUCAGAGCUGUCUCGCCGGCAGAACGAGCAGAGAAAGCAGGGGCUUUUCUGCGACGUGACGCUGGCCUUCAGCAGUGGGGCGGCCACCGGGAAUGUCCAGAGCUGCGAGUAUUCAGCCCACCGCUCCGUAUUGGCUGCGGCAACGGACUAUUUCACCCCCUUGUUGGGGGGACAAUUCUCCGAAUCCGUGUCUGGACGAGUUGAGAUGAAAGAAUGGAGCUCUGAACUUGGGCCAGAUCCAGAGACGGUGGAGAGUGUCAUUCAGUAUAUGUACACUGGUGAAAUACGCGUUAGCACCUGCAAUGUACAUGAAGUGUUGGAGCAAGCUGACAGGUUCCUUCUAGUGCAGUUGAAGGACUUUUGUGGAGAGUUUCUGAAGAAGAAGCUGAGCCUGACCAAUUGUGUGGCGGUCCACAGUCUAGCCCACAUGUACACUCUUGACCAGUUAGCUUUGAGGGCCGCUGACAUGAUUCGCCGCAACUUCCACAAGGUCAUCCAGGAUGAUGAGUUCUACACACUGCCCUUCCACCUGGUCCGGGACUGGCUGUCUGACGCAGAGAUCACGGUGGACUCUGAGGAGGUGCUCUUCGAGGCGGUGGUCAAGUGGGUGGAGAAGAACUCUGAGGAUCGGGGCCGCUACUUUGAGGAGCUGUUCCGUCUGCUGCGCCUGCCCCAGAUCAAGCCCACCUACCUGACUCGGGUGGUGAAGUCGGAGCGCCUGGUGGCCGCCAACGAGGCCUGUCUCCGGCUGGUGUCGGAGGCCGUGGAGGGCCACGCCAUCCACUUUGAGAACCUAAAGUCGGCCGACAUGGAGCUGUGGUCCUCGCACAUAGUCGCUUUCCAGCCGCGCUUCGGCCAGAACAUGGACGUGAUCAUGGUGGUGGGCGGGGUGUCCGAGGGAGGGGACUACCUCAGUGAGUGUGUGGGCUACUUUAUCUACGAGGACCGCUGGGUGAACCUGCCGCACAUCCACAACCACUUGGACGGCCACGCCAUCGCCGCCACCGAGUCCCAUGUGUACGUGGCCGGCUCCAUGGAGCCGGGCUUCGCCAAGACGGUGGAGCGCUACAACCCCAACCGUAACACCUGGGAACAGGUGAGCAACCUGACCACGCGCAAGCACUCGUUCGGCCUCACCUGCAUCAAAGACAUCCUCUACAGCAUCGGCGGCCACGGCAACUUCAGCCCAGGCUUCAAGGACGUGAGUGUGUACGAGCCCGAGCCGGACAAGUGGCACAACCUGGAGUCCGCGCCCAAGAUCCUGCGGGACGUGAAGGCGGUGAGCGUGGAGGACCGCUACGUGUACGUGACGGCGCGCACGCCCGUCGACACGGACAACGACGACGGCCUGAAGACGGUGACCACGCGCUACGACACGGAGAGCCGCCAGUGGCAGGACGUGGACUCGCUGCCGCUCAUCGACAACUACUGCGUCUUCCAGAUGGCUGUGGCCUCCACCAACUUCUACCACACGGCCUCCUGCUGCCCUAAGAGCUACCCGGUGCGGGACGAGGUGGCGCGGCAGAAGAUCAGCGCUCGCAUCUCCGACGACAUCCUGGAGAGCCUGCCGCCGGAGGUCACCAGCAUCGAGGGCGCCGCCAUCUGCCACUUUGACGAGGACGUGUUCAUCAUCGGCGGCUGGAAGAACAGCGACGACGUGGACAAGCAGUACCGCAAGGAGGCCUACCGCUACUGUGCCGAGCGCAAGCGCUGGAUGCUGCUGCCGCCCAUGCCCCAGCCGCGCUGCCGCGCCACGGCGUGCCACGUGCGCAUCCCUUACCGCUUCCUGUACGGCUGCCAGCGCUACCCCAUGCCCCAGAACCUGGCGCGCCAGCGGGAUCGCAUGCAGCAGAUGCAGCAGCUCCACCGACGCACGCUCACCCUUCGCAGGCAGCUACAGUCCCAGAUUGAGUGCUGAGGGGCUUCCUUCUCCUCCCUCACCCAUUCCAUCCACCCCCCGGGGCAGAACCGAAACAAACCCUCCGCGGCCGGCCAUAUCAAGACCCAUUCUACGGCCAACAUCCUCACCGUCUCCCCCUCAUAACAUGUUGCAGUGCGGUGCCAGUGUUGCUCCUCCGUGUGGAUGUGAAUCCCAUUAAACUCCCAUCAUUCCAUCGGCUCUCAAGCUGUGUGGUGUGUUUAAAGACCCUGUUUGUCUGCAGGAGGACGCGCUGAUUGUUUAUACAUGUGAAUAAGAGUCUUAUACAAUGACCAAUGGCCUCUGCCCUCGUGGGUCAGGCGUUGGCGAGCGCAGAGGUUUAUCAUAUAUGUACAUACAUAGUAAAUACCUGUGUAUAUGUAUAUGUUUGUAUGGAUAUUUUACAUUCCUUUAUUUGAUUGGGUGUGCAAGAAGAGGCGUAGCAUUGUCUGUGUCUGUGUUGUGUUCAAAUCCUUUCGGUCCAAUUUGUAUAUGAAUGAAGUCCGAUUCCAUGGUGACACUGACAAUCGCAUUGUGUAAGUUUAACAUCGGUCAUAAUAUUGAGUAGCAUCUUCUUAAGUUUCAGUUAAAUUAUGGUCUGUUUGAAUAUGUUCUGCUUAGAUUCUAAUGUUUUGCUGCUAGUUUAAAACAACAUCAAGUCAAUGGAAUGAAAAAAAGGAUGGUACUCUUAAAACCCUGUGGCUCUUUAAGCUUUUUUUGGACUGCUGUUGCUUACAUACAAAAGAGUUUGUAAAAUAAUAGCUCUUAAAAAAAAUAGGAAAAUCUAAAACAACAUUGAACAAACAAAGGUGUGAACAACAACUUGCAAAUAUAAGCUUUUUAUUUUUUUCCUGAAUAAUCAUACAUUUUUUUAUGAUGUUUUAUCAAUCAUUCCUUAUUGAGCCUCUUUGCAGUCAAGUGCUUGUCCCAUUCCUGAGUUGAGAAGAAAAAAUCUGUGUGGGUCUAUGUUCAUACUUUUGCAAAUGUUGCAACAGCCUGUUAAGUAGUGCACUUUUUGACAUCUUAUCCUAUUAAAUGCCCUCUAGAGGUAGGCUUCAGUCAGAUGCUGUUCUCUGUGACUCGGGCCAUUCUGUUUGUUUUUCCUUGAGACGAGCCGAUUGUAUUGUAAUGUUUCCAGCCAAUCAGAUGGGAUUUCCUUUCACCACACUUAAUGAGUAUUGGCACUUAUCCAUGUAACUGUGUUGUAAAAUGUUUUAAGAAAAUUUAUACCAAAAUAUUAUAUUCUGUUCUACAUGUAUUCAGAGAUGGUGAAACGCUCUUGUCCCCCUUGCCCUCCCCCGAGAAAAUAGUUGUGAUGAUUAAAAAUGCAAGACUUUAAUAAAGAGGAGGCUACAACUCUUUUAUGAAAAGGGAUGUCUUGCUAUAUUGUUAUCAGUAUUUAUUCUUUGUCCUCUCAAUCCAAUCGUCUUAAUACAAAGGUCAGACAAGGCAGAAAUGAAUAAUUUCCUAUUUUUGGACCAAUUUUUGUGGCAAAACUUAAGCUUUACAUUUUUCUUUGCGUGUCAUAGGUUGACAUUUGGUCCUUGCAUUUAAUGUAAAUGUUAAUGUCAUCACUUGCAAAUAAAGUUCUUUUUACA